CGAGUCUACUGCGCAUGCGCAGAAACACCCAUUGAAAUUCUGUCAAUUUUUUGUCUAUGUUUCUUGAUGAUUAAUUUCAUUCUCAAUUUUAAUUAAUUAAAAUCUCUGAUUGUUGACCUAAGGUGUUUUAUUACAAUUGAUUUCAUUUGGGAUCUCUGAUUCUAUAUACUGUCAUCUCUAUCUCACCUCAAGUUGAUCAUCUUCAUUCCUGUUUGCUGUUUGGUGGUGGUAAAAGUAUUAGCUCAACAUGUCUAAUAAAAACAAUGUUUCCUCUGGUUUCCGAAAGAUUGACAUUGAUUCCUACAAUGAUGAUGUGUUUAAGGAUGACGAUCAAAUUUUGUCACAAUCAUCAGCAACCUCAUUAGAUGAUAAAGAGAUUUUACAAUUAUGUUCUUCUGGUAAACAUUAUGAAGCAAUUAGAUCGAUAUUUGAUCUUCAACCGCAAACCUCUGGUGAUCCAUUGACCAAGGAUUUGGCCUUCAAUUUGAUUAUGCAAGUUUUUCUUGCAGUUAAAACGGGAGACAUUGAUAAGAUUGUCGAUAAACUUGACACUGAUCAGAUUGAUCUUCUCAUGAAAUAUGUUUACAAAGGAUUUGAAAAUCCUCAAGAAGGAUCAUCAUCUAAUCUACUUGUUUGGCAUGAUAAAAUUUUCCGUAAAAGUGGCCAUGGUUCAAUCGUCAGGGUGUUAACGGAUAAAAAGAAAGUUUAAAUUGUGAUUAACGUUACAAUUAGGAGACUUUCUCAUCUUCCAUUUUUUUUAAUUAUUCGUAUUCAAAUCACCAAUCAUUGGAAUAUCAGUUUUUCUUUAUAACAAUUAUUACAACCGUUAAUACACUUCCAGUGAUCUAUUCAUUUUCUUCAUUGGUAACAAUUUACUAAUUGUUGGGAAAGGGAAUUGGGAAAGUUAAGUUAAUGCAAGAAAUGAAUAAUUUUUUUUUUGAUUAUCAUGUUCAAAGCCAAUUACUCAGUUUGAACAAUCAUUUUCGUAAUUGUUUUCCCUCGUAAUCAUUUUUUUACAUCUCUCUCUUUCUCCUAAAUCAAAAGUCUAUCUAAUUGUUGAAAUAUUUACAUAAUAUUCUAAUAAACGAAAAGGUCUACAAAUGA